UAGGACGCUAAAAUCGCGAUUGUGUACUGUUGUGUCUACCCCCGUAUUUAUUGUUUUUGUGUUUGAUUAUUUUGUUGAAUGAAAAUGUUUAAAUAAGUGUAAUGUAAAGACUUAAGUUGUUUUUAUAUUAAUCAAAUAACAAAUGCUUUAUCAAACGCAGCGUCUUUUAAAGCAGUUCAUGAGAAUUUGACAUUUACGCGAUGUUGCUGUAACAACAACAAAAGCGACUGCAGGCAGAAAUUGUGGCACUGCAGCGGCGAGUUGGCGUUUCGGCAGUUUGUGGACCUAAUUCGCGGACGCGGACGCACCCACCCAAGUCCAAAACCAAAGCCCCAAUUCCAAUUUGCUGUGUAACUAGGCGCGAGUGUGUGUGUGUGUGUUUGUGUUGAAUGUGUGUGCGCGGGCGAGGCAGGGACAGGAGCAUGGGCUGCCCAGCCGGUUUCGGUGCGCGAGUUAAUUGACAAAAAAAAAUAAGCAAAAAACAACAAACAAAAUAAUACAGAGAAAGAAGCAUAAAGCGCAUGAGCAAAUAACGGCUAAUAAAGCAUGCAACAAAAACAACAAUUGAGAAACACUGUAAACAAAUGCUUAAAUGUUUGUGCAUGUACCACACAUACACACAUAUAUUUAUGCAUGCUCCUUGUGUGUGUGCAGGUUUUCAAGUAAAGCAAUCCAACAACAGCAACAAUCCUCACCAUGCAUACCAGGUAUUGAGUGAGAGGUUCUAGCACAUAGUUCUAUAAUUAGCUCGGAGCUAGCUCAGAGAAUUAAUUCCCACAUAUACGCUUCAACACGCCCAACCCGUCCCGCCCACACAUUGCGAGCGCCAUGCUACGGUCGGAUCUGCUUCAUUUGACCAUUCUUGCGUAUUGCUGCUGCUGCUGGCUGUUAGUCAAUGCGCACAACUGUCAGCAUCAACAUCCCAAAGCACACGAGGUCGUUCACGGUGUGCGCAUACAGCUGGCCCAUCAUCAUGAUGCUGACGAUAAUGAUGAUGCUGAUGAUGGCGUUAAUGACGUGGCCAACUGGAACCCCAGUCCAGCGGUGCAUAGCAUGCGCCGGCGCAGCAUUGUCGCCGACCAACCGCUGCGCAUUCUGCUCGUCUACGAUGAAUCUGUUUACAGAUUGGAUGAGGAACAGUUUAAUUUAAUCAAUGACACGGUGCUACCCGAGGCGGUGCAGUUCUGGGAACAGGCGUUGAUGGUGCGCGAGACCAAGGGCGUGAUACGGCUAAAUCGCAAAUGCGACAGCACCCAGGUGUAUGUGAAGAACGGCCACACCCACUGUAUUGACCACUGCAAGGCGACGACUAUGUGCGGCGAGGUGCAGGUGCCCAACGAGCAUCUGGAUGUGUGUCGCGUGUGCAAUAGCACGGGUCAGAAUUGCCGCAUUGAUAACAGCACAAAGCCCGGAGAUGGGAUAGAGAAUGCUGACUUUGUCUUUUAUGUGUCGGCACGACAGACACAACGCUGUUUCAAGGGUCUGACCGUGGCAUAUGCGGCUCAUUGUCAGCAGGAGGCGCUGCUGGAUCGUCCCAUAGCGGGCCAUGCCAACCUGUGCCCCGAGAGCAUCAGCACCAAGCCGCAAGAGCUGCAGACCUUGAUAUCGACAGUGAAGCAUGAGAUUCUACAUGCGCUGGGCUUCUCGGUUAGUCUGUACGCCUUUUUCAGAGACGACGAUGGUCGACCGCGCACGCCGCGCAAGUCGGACACGGGCAAGCCCUAUUUGAAUGAAAAAUUGCAGAUUCAUCAGUGGAGCAACGAAACCAUACGCAAAGUGGAGCGUCCCAAUUGGUCAGUGCGUGGUGGUCAUGUGACCAAGGUGGUGGAUAUGAUGGUCACGCCACGUGUGGUUGCUGAGGUGCGCGCCCACUUUGAUUGCAAUAAGCUGGAGGGCGCAGAGCUGGAGGAUCAGGGCGGUGAGGGCACCGCCCUCACACACUGGGAGAAGCGCAUACUGGAGAACGAGGCAAUGACGGGCACACACACCCAAUCGCCAGUCUUUUCACGCAUAACCCUGGCGUUGAUGGAGGAUUCGGGCUGGUAUCGUGCCAACUAUUCGAUGGCCACGCCGUUAACCUGGGGUAAGGGUUUGGGCUGCAUGUUUGCUAUGCGCAGCUGCAAGGAUUGGAUCCAAAUGAAUCAUGAUAGAGGUCGCUCCAUACAUCCCUUCUGCUCCAAAGUUAAACAGGAUCCGUUACAAACGGAAUGCACGGACGAUCGCAAUUCCGUAGCGCUAUGCAAUCUCAUCAAGCAUGAUUACGAGCUACCCAAGGUCUAUCAGAACUUUGAUAGUCUGAACAACAUAAAGUCCGGUGAGGAGGGCUACUAUGGCGGCUCUGUUUCCCUGGCGGAUCACUGUCCUUACAUACAGGAGUUCACUUGGCGUAGCAAGAAUAUUAUAGUGCGCGGCUCCCACUGUCGCUUCGUGGAAAAUAAUCCCAAGCCCGAAAAGAAUUUUGCGCUAGAGAGCUACGGUCAUGGUUCCAAGUGCUUCGAUCACAGCGAAUCUAUGUGGGAGGAGCGCUCCUGUCAUCAGACGCGUGAGUGGCAGCAUUGGGGCAGCGGCUGCUACAAAUACAGUUGCUUCGAUGGCCGCCUCCACAUACUGGUGGGCAACUAUAGCUACAAAUGCUCGUUUCCGGGCCAGAAACUUUCCAUACGCAUUGCGGCUAAUGAUUGGCUGCAUAAGGGCGCAAUAAUGUGUCCACCUUGCCAUGAGCUGUGCGGCGCGCAUUUUGCCGCCGAGGGCAAACAAUGCCGGCCGGGCGAGGAGCCCGACCCACUCAAUAAGUAUCCACGGGAUAAUCUUGAGUGCGGCGCUGGAGCUCAGCGUCCAUCUGUGGCCAUACUCAGCGCUGUGCUCUUAGCUGUGCUGAGCUAUGCUAGACCUAGAUAAGUCCUUGAAUCAGGCACCGUUAAAUGUUCUAUGUUUUAGUGAAAUUUGUAAAUUCUAUUUGUACAAUAUGCUCAAUUUGUCUAGCUGUAAGUCGUAAAUGUAAUGUCCCUCCCCCUCAAUAUUAAUGUUAUAUAGAUAUAUAUCUAUAUAUAUACAUAUAUAUAUAUGUAUGUAUGUAUUUGUAAUUGUAUUUUAUCCCGAUAUGUGAUCUUUACUAAGGAUAUGCUGAAACGUUAUAUUCGAAUCGGGUCCAGGCCAUUUUAGUUUCUUAUGAAAGGGUUUCAAUAUGACGUCUAAGCACAUCUCUUUAGUUCUUUUUCUUCUGCGCUGAUCUAAACAUUCCAAAGUUUUGACGUUUUUAUUUACGCAAUGAAUAGUCACAAUCCCAACUAUUGUCUAUAAUAAUAGAUGUGAUUGUGUCUAAAACAACAUUUUUAUUAUUUGUUAUUACAUCUACAAAAGUCUUUGUUAUUUAUUUUUUCGAAAUUCGUGAAUUAUCUUGUGAUUUAUAUGUCGGCAUUUUUGCCUAAGCUUGUUUCCGAUGUGUGCUCGAGGCAUGGCAAUUUUUGGCAGCCUAGCAGCAGCAUUUAGGAUCUGUACAACCACCCUGAAAAUAAUCAAAUUUUCAUAUUCUAAUAUCUAAGCUGAAUUUGUGAAUAAAAUCUAUUAUAUA